UAGUCUCGCACCAGUUCCCUCGGCUAUUUUGAGCUGUAACCGGGGCAUUUGCGUGGGGGAAUUAGCGGUGCUUUCCGCGCCGAGACCUCCAUGCGGCUGUUGGCGGAACAGCCAGCCGCCUCUCUCGGUUAGCCAUCAGGGAUGUCGGUUUAAUAUCUCACCGUGCAGAGACUCGCCCUCUCUCUCCCCCUCUCUCUCUCGCGCCCGAGUAGCCCAGAACCGCCGUGGAAACGAGCUCUGAGAACCCGCCUUCUUGUUCUCGCUUUUUUGGAUCGAGGCGAAGGGGGGACCCCGCACCGCACCGCCCCGGCACUAGCGCUAAGCUCCGUGUUUUUUUCCUGUUUGCAGUGCGCCAUUGGACCUUGUCACGAUUCAGCGCAAGUAUGAACGGAGCAAUGGAGGCGAUCCCGCAAGACAAAGAUUGGGCACAGGAGGACCUCUUGAAGCUGCUCGAGGCCAUGAAGAUGGCCCUCCCUCCGAAAGACAAGAGUAAAUACAAAACAUCAGAGUCCCACCUCGACUGGGAGAAGGUGGCCUUCAAUUCCUUCACAGCAGACAUGUGUAAGCAGAAGUGGCAGGAGGUGUCUAAAGAGAUUCGUAAAUUCCGGACUCUGACUGAACUGAUAUUUGAUGCCCAAGACUACAUCAAGCACCCUUACAAGGGCAAAAAGUUAAAUACACACCCAGAUUUCCCCAAGAAGCCCUUGACUCCGUACUUCAGAUUCUUCAUGGAAAAGAGGGCAAAAUACGCAAAGUUGCACCCAGAGAUGAGCAACCUAGACUUAACUAAAAUCCUCUCCAAGAAGUACAGGGAGCUGCCCGACAAAAAGAAGAAAAAGUAUGUUGAAGACUUCUUACGAGACAAAGAAACAUUUGUGCACAGCAUGACGAAGUUCAGAGAACUGCACCCUGACCUGGUGGAGAGCAUGGCCAACAAAGGUUCAAACAUACCAGAGAAACCGAAAACACCCCAACAGCUGUGGUUAAACCAUGAAAAGAAGGCUGUCCUCAAGACGCGCCCGGAUGCGACCUCCAAAGACAUUAAGGAAAUUCUUGGCAAACAGUGGACGCAGCUGUCUGACAAGAAGAGACUCAAAUGGAUCGCCAAGUCUCUGGAGCAGCAGAAACUCUACCAGGGCACAAUGCGGGAGUACAUCCAGCAGCACCCGGAGUUAAACAUGACCCAAGAUGUCUUCGUCAAGUCCACCCUGACAAAGGCGGAGCGGCACCUAAAGGACAAAUCGGACGGCCGACCCGACAAGCCGCCUCCAAAUGGCUACUCGAUGUUCUGUGCGGAGUUGAUGUCGAGCAUGAAGGACGUGCCCAGCACGCAGCGCAUGGUGAUGUGCAGCCAGCGGUGGAAGCUGCUGAAACAGUGUGAGAAGGACGCUUACCAGAAACGCUGUGAACAGAGGAAGAAGAAUUUUGAAAUUGAAAUGAACGCAUUCCUCAGUAGUUUAACAGAGGAGGAGCAAAACCGGGUUUUGUCCGAGGACAAAUUGGGUUUUAAGCGGGCCGGAGCCAACGGCCCAGCCGCCAAAAAGAAGGCCACUAAAGCGGUGGCCAAUCCAGAGAAACCUAAAAGGCCAAUUUCAGCCAUGUUCAUCUUCUCUGAGGAAAGGCGCCCAAAGCUGCAGCAGGAGCGACCGGACCUUUCCGACAGCGAGCUCACGCGCCUCCUCGCGCGCAUGUGGAAUGAGCUGCCGGACAAGAAGAAGGAGAAGUUCAAACGCAUGGAGGCCAUCCUGAAGGCUGAGACGGAGAAGAGGGAGGAUCGCAGUCGUCUGCCGGACCCCCCCAAGACCGCGCAGGACAUCUGGCAGCAGAGUGUCAUCGGAGACUACUUGGCCAGAUUUAAGAAUGACCGACAAAAGGCGCAAAAAUCCAUGGAAACAACCUGGAGUACCAUGGAGAAAAAAGAGAAAAUCAUGUGGAUCAAAAAGGCAGCAGAGGACCAGAAGAGAUACGAGAGAGACCUGUGUGAGAUGCGCUCGCCCGCAAUAGUCUUCCCCACUGGGAAGAAGAUGAAGUUUGAGGGAGAACCCAAGAAACCGCCCUCAAAUGGAUACCAGAAGUUUUCCCAGGAGAUGCUGUCCAACGGGGAGCUGAACCACCACCCAAUGAAAGCGCGCAUGACCGAGAUCGGCAGCCGCUGGCAGAGGCUGCCGCUAAAGGAGAAGGACCGCUACAAGAAGAUCGCCGAGGAGAAGCAGAGGCAGUACAAAGGCCAACUUGAGCAGUGGCUCGCUAGUUUGACUUCGCAAGAGAGAAACGCAUACAAAGAAUACAAUUCACAGAAACGGAGGACUACAGCGAAACCCGGAGGCCCUGCGGCAAAGGCCAAGAAAUCUGACACCGAGGAAGAGGAGGAGGAAGAGGACGAGGAGGAGGAGGAGCGUGAGAAGGCUUCCUCUGAUGCCGACUCCUCCAGCGACGAUGACGACGACGAUGACGAUGACGGCGACAAGGAUGACGACGACGAUGACGACGACGACGACGAUGAUGAUGACGAUGACGACGACGAAGCAGAGGACAAGGAGAACAAGUCUGAGGACAGCAGCAGCGACUCGAACUCCCAGGGGUCAUCGGACUCCGACUCGGACUGAACCCGGCCGAGGUCGGCGUGAGACGAACUGAGCAGCGCCGAGCUGAGCCAAGAGUCAAGGGGAGCUCUGUCCCUGUGCCAUUCUCCCCCUCCCCCCCCUCUCCUGCCCCCCCACCACCAGGGGGAGCCCCCACAGCGCCUCAUCCACUUCACACUUUAUGUCGCUGCCUCUGUGAUCUCACUCACGGAGGGGGGGGGACGCCGCCCCUCACGUCCAGAGUCCGCUUCCUUCCCUCCCCCCGGUGCGAUCGGCCCUCUCGCCGCACGGGCCGCUGACGUUAUGCCAAAACCUGCAUCCCACUGGUUUGGUGAUGUCAUGAACAUUUCUGCUGCUGGUUUCAAUCUUGACUUCCAGGUUCAAUGGUUUAAGGUUCGGGUUUUUUAAUGUUGAGGGGUGAUUAUUACCUGUCAGUGUUUUUUAUUUUAUUCUUCUGCUGAUUAGUUGAAGACAGGUGGCGCGAGAUUUGUGAACAGGCUUCAUGGAGCCAAAGAACAUAGCAUAGUGGAUCUCUUUAGGACCGAGGGGAGGGGGUGGGGGGCAGGAUGCUGAAAAAUUGCACUCUUUAGUAUGUUUCCUUUUUUUGAGCGUUGUCACAUUGUUCUGUCAUAUAAAUUUCUGAUGUAGAUUUUAUCAUUUGGUUCUUAAAGAGGUGGUAUUUUUUCAGGAAAAAAAAUCAAGCCAUUAUGAAUGUUUUUUUUUUUUUUUUUUUUCUUUGUUGCUGGAAAACUUUUGAACUUGUUACUUACCCUUGUUCUCAUUUAAAAGGUAAUGGUGCCUAUAUAAAGUAUUCACCCCCUCUUGGACUUGUUUUAUUGUUUUACAACAUUGAGCUAAAGGAUACGUUGAAAGUCAUUAACAACAGUUUGUUCUUUGCACUGCAGAGUUUAGAGAAGGCUUCAGAGUGAAGGAGACAAAACUGAAACCAACGUCAAUCUCUUCUAACUUCAAUUGGAGAGCGACGAGCUCUCGGGGGACUCAGCAGAACAAAUCAAUCUCUACUGAGAUCUCAAUGAAGUGCAAGUUUUAAAAUGACUCCCCCGGUUCCGUAAUGAUUCACCCCUGAAAUGUAGCAAAUGCAUCUUUGGCUGCAGUCACCCCCAUUUGUAUUUUAACAUCUUUCUGAGGAAUUGGCCCUAUUGGGGUUUCGAGGGACCUCAUAGUCUGCUCUUAGCUCAUUUAAGUGUUAAUUUUAAUUACCCCAUUUUUUCGGCUGAAAUAACCCUCUUCAAUGUUCCCGUUUCCUUCCAGCUAAAUUUUAGUGUUGGGAAAACUUAAUACCGGUUUCAAAAGAUUAUUUUAGGUCUUUAUCCAGAUUUGAAAAACGUUCAAGAUUUUUUUUUUCUUUUUGUCAAUUGAGGUCAAAAACACCUGACAGCUUCUAAUGUGUCAGAAACAAAAAAUGGUUUAAUACUUUCUAUAGGUGCUGUAGGAGCCAGUAGCAUGUCUGCCAUUGGUCCAUUAGUGUGAAUGGCAGUAAGAGACGGGGUUUAUUGAGGGAUCUCACUUGUUUUCCGCUCGCAGAUUUGAAAGAAUACGUCGCACACCUGGUGCAUUUUUCUCCUCUGAAACGUUGCUCUGUUUUGUUUACAGCUUAUUGGAAUUGUCAUUAGGUUUAGUUUUAAUUAAUUGUGACCAGUUUUGUUCUGAUCCGUCUCGAAUGAUCUCUGUGGAUCAUUAAACUGAAUGAUUUCCAUCAGUUGAA